CCGGGCCCCUGAGGUCGCUGCCCGAUGGCUCUGGUGACGGCAGAUGAAGACAUUUUUCUCGGUUUAGAAAAUAAUGAGCAGUGAAAUUAAGUAAUGUUAAGGUAACUAGAAGUUAAAGAGUAAGCCGACUUCAGUAGCGAGGAUUAAUAUCUUUUAUCUUCUGGGAGGAGAGAAACAGAGUUGUCAUCAUGCCUCUGGUGAUGCGGAACAUCGAGCCGCGGCACCUGUGUCGCCAGACUUUGCCCACGGCGGUGAAGAGUGAGCUGGAGUGUGUGACCAACUUCACAUUGGCCAAUAUCAUCCGCCAGCUUGGCUCCCUCAGCAAAUUUGCAGAGGAUGUGUUUGGCGAGCUGUUUGAGCAGGCCAGCUCGUUUGCAGAGAGGGUGAACACGCUUGGUGAGAGAGUGGAUAAACUGCAGGUCAAAGUCACACAGCUAGACCCUAAAGAGGAAGAAGUUUCUCUGCAGGCCAUCACCACUCGCAAGGCUUUUCGCUCUAAUCUGAUUCAGGAUCAGCAGCUUUUCACCCGGCCUUCUCUGCCCCAGCCAGUGAAGGAUACCUACACGACCUGCAACCAGCCACCUCCACUCAGCAUCCUUAGUGUUUACAGGGAUGAUGGAAAAGAGGCUCUUAAAUUCUACACUGAUCCAUCCUAUUUCUUUGACCUGUGGAAAGAGCAGAUGUUGCAAGAUACCAAAGACAUCAUGAAGGAGAAACGGAAGCACAGAAAGGAGAAGAGAGAAAAUCCAAACCGAGGCAACCUGAACCCUCGUAAGAUCAAAACCCGCAAAGAGGAGUGGGAACGGCGUAAGAUGGGAGAAGAAUUUGUUGUCCCUAAGACCGAUGCAGGUCGUCCUUCAGAGAUGUACAAUGGCAGCAUUGGUUCAGGUGAUGAUAUGGGUCUGAUGGAUUCUGAGGGAACGCUAGACCAAAGCACUGCUUCCUACAGUUAUGAUCCUGGUUCCCCUCUCCCACCACCGUCUGAUGAUGAUGGUUUCCUGCCACCUCCUCCUCCGGAUAUGACGUAUAAUGAGGGGCAGUCUGGAACCUCGCCUCAAAAGCGAAGUAGCUUACUAAGCCCCACUCACCCUCCUCCAGCUCCACCAGUUAUGGCAUCCUCUCCUCCUGGCCGCCCUACAGUGGCUCCUCCUGUAGCCCCACCUCCUCCCCCUCCCGUAGGGACGGUGAUUUCACCACCACCUCCAGUAGGAUUUGAUUCUCCUCCUUCUCCUCCUCCUUUUUCCUCUGGUUCUCCCUCUAUCCCUCCUCCACCCCCAAUAGUUUCUGGUGUUCCAGCUCCACCACCACCCCCUGCUGGAGGUGGACCACCACCGCCACCGCCACCCCCUCCUCCCCCAGGCCCUCCUCCAUGCUUUGCCCCUAAUGCUCCAGCUGCUCCUCCUCCUCCGUCUGGAGGAGCCCCUGCCUCCUCUGCCCCUAAGGCCCAGCCUGCCCCUGUCAGCGAUGGCCGCAGCGAUCUUCUGGCAGCUAUUCGCCAAGGAUUUAACCUGCGCAAAGUGGAGGAGCAGAGAGAGCAGGAGAAGAGAGACGUCGUGGGCAAUGAUGUGGCUGCUAUCUUGUCCCGCCGUAUCGCAGUGGAGUGCAGUGACUCGGAGGAUGAUUCUUCAGAGUUUGACGAUGAGGAGUGGUCUGACUAAGUGUACAUUACAUGUCAUAAGAAAGAUCAUUCCUUUUAUACCUUCCACUUAUCAGAUUACUUGUUUCCCUUUAAUGAGGCCAACUACAGUGUAUGGGUAAGAGGUCCAGACGGUGUCUGUGGGUGCGUGUGCGUGCGUGCGUGCCUGUGCACACGGUUUAUUCUGACUCACAGUGAAUUAUUUAGAUCAUUAGCUUGCUGCUCCUGUUUCAGAGUGCCUGUUCCAGUGUAAUGCAGCUAUAGAUGGGUAAAUUGAGAGAGAGAGCGAGAGAGGUCCCCCUUGUUGGAUCUUAGUAUCAUAUCUGCAAAAGCUUGGUAUUAACCACCUUAAGCUUUGCUGUAUUUCCUACACCCAGGCCAAGUAAGAGCCACAUUAUUAUAAUUUACAUACUAAACACUUGGUUAUUUUCUUUGUUGCUCUCAGGAGCUGUAUUCUUCUCAUGGCAUUGGCCCUUCAUUCCCAGAGUGAAAAGCUCUAGCAGUCUCAAACAAAAUUCCUUUUUGUGUGUUCAUGGCCUGUUGCCUUGGUAACUGAUCUCUCUCUCUGUGUGGGUGCAAUGUAUCUGUUCUCUGACCUCAGUGCCACUUGUGGCAUUAUGGCAUUCCGUGUGGUGGUUUUCCUUGUCCUGUCGUUUUGCUGAUGUCAUUAUCCUGUAUUCCAAAGUGCCUGCUUUAUUUUAAGUGCCUACUUGUUUAAAGCCAAAUUUUUACUGAGAAUUGUGCAAGAAUUUGAAAUCAGAAAAUUACUUUUUUAUUUGGUACAUUUGGUUAAUAAUUGUAAACAUUUUCUAUCACUGGUUUAAUGAAAUAAAGAUCUUAAGUUCCAA